AUGGCUUCAUCACUGUUGAGCGCUGAUGUUGCAUCCUCUCAGAACGAGCUUCCGGUAUCUUCGGCAGUGCCGCCGCUUGCCCUGCAUAACCUCUUCAGUGUCAAGGCUGUACCGAUUUUCCAACGCGGAUCUCUACUGCCUCCCAGCAUGAACAACGGCGGCGUUUCGGCUUCGAGCAGGGUCUGGGGCACGGUGAACGGACAAGAGGUUCACCGCAUUGACUUCGACACGACCGAAGGCUUCGGUGUAAGCUUCACCACGUACGGGGCAACUCUACUGUCGGUGCGUUCCGGGGACAAGGAUGGCGCAAUAGAGGAGGUGACUCUGCAGCACGACACGUUGGAUGAGGUGGUGGCCGGAGACGCCUACUACGGCUCAACGGUCGGACGAGUCUGCAACCGCAUCGUGGGAGCCUCGUUUUCGGUGGAUGGCGAGGUGAUUUCGGUGGACGCCAACAACGGACCCCACUGCCUGCACGGCGGCGCCAAAGGGUUCGACAAGGCGGUCUGGCGGCACGAAGUUUUCCACACCUCUGACGGCGUCGGCGUUAAGUUCGAGUACGACAGCCCGGACGGGGAAGGGGGUUUUCCGGGUGCGCUUGCUACAAAGGUGACCUACUCCGUCAAGCGGGGGUCCGAGCGUGGGACCGGGGAGCUGCACACGGCAAUGGAGGCGGAGUACGUUACCGACGACGACGGUGGGAAAGAGAAGAAGAGAGGGCCGACCCCUGUGAACCUGACAAACCACGCCUACUGGAAUCUGAGCGGGGAUCGGAAGCGUUCGGUCCGGGACCACGAGUUGAUGAUGCGCUGUGACCGCUACCUGCCUCUCGACGAACAGCCGGUUCGGGUUCCGACCGGAGAGAUCAUGCCGGUUCUUGGAACACCCUUCGAUUUCACCGAGGGGGCGUCGCUCGGCGCCGCCAUCGAUGGCGUCGGGGGAAACCCCCCGGGUGUGGACAAUUGCUUGGUGCGAGUCGGAACUUCUGACGGCGGCCAAGCUGCGGGAUUCCGAACGUGGCGAUGA